AUGUGUAAAAGCAGACCCCCGGUGAUAUGUCUUCUACUCUUCUUUUUCGCCUUCGUCGGCGCGCAGAUCGACAAGGCUGCUUUGAAACAAGAAGCCUACGAUAUGUUUAUGCACGGCUACCGGUCCUACAUGAAGCACGCAUAUCCUGCCGACGAAUUGAUGCCGUUGAGUUGUAAAGGGCGGCAAAGGGGUGUGACGCCUAGCAGGGGAGAUGUUGAUGAAGCGCUUGGAAACUUCUCCCUAACCCUCGUCGACACCCUGGACACCCUCUACGUCAUUGGCGAAUUCGACGAGUUCUCGAGGGCUGUGAAAUUGAUAGUAGACAACGUUCGUCUUGAUUCUGACCUUGUCGUCUCCGUUUUUGAGACGAACAUCAGAAUGGUCGGCGGGCUGAUCUCGGGGCAUUUGAUGGCCGAACGAUUACGCGGGCAAAGUCCUGAAUAUUUGCAGUGGUAUACCGACAAGCAGCUGUUGAAAAUGGCUGUCGAGCUGGCCGAUCGGUUACUUCCGGCCUUUAACACAACCUCUGGGAUACCUUACGGAAAGAUCAACCUGCGCCACGGGAUGCUCGAAUACCUGAAACGCCAGAAAGACACCUGCACCGCGUGCGGCGGCACACUGCUUUUGGAAAUGGCCGCGCUCAGCAGGCUGACUGGCAACCCAGUUUACGAGGAAAAAGCAAAGAAGGCCAUGGACUUUUUGUGGGCACAGCGGCAUCGAAGCUCCGAUCUGAUGGGGACCGUUCUGAACGUGAAUACCGGAGAUUGGGUGCGAAGAGAUUCUGGCAUCGGCGCCGGGAUUGAUUCGUACUACGAAUAUUGUCUGAAGGCCUACAUUUUGCUCGGCGAUCAUCACUAUUUGGAGCGGUUCAAUCGACAUUACGAAGCCAUCAUGCGAUACGUCAACAAGGGUCCAUUCUUUGUUGAUGUCCACAUGCACCGCCCUACUGUAGCCACACGUUCUUUCAUGGAUGCGCUCCUGGCCUUUUGGCCCGGACUCCAGGUCCUGAAAGGCGACAUCAAAGAAGCCAUCGAGAUGCACGAGAUGUUGUACCAGGUGGUCAAGAAACACAAAUUCCUGCCCGAGGCUUUCACGCACGAUUUUCAAGUGCACUGGGCAGAGCAUCCGCUUCGCCCGGAAUUCCUGGAAUCGACAUAUUUUUUGUAUAGAGCUACGCACGAUGAGCAUUACUUGGAAGUUGCGAAAAUGAUCAUGCAAAGCUUGAAUGAAAACGUAAAAGUUCCGUGCGGAUACGCUGGAAUCAAGGACAUACGAACGAUGGCCCAUGAGGACCGUAUGGACUCGUUCGUCCUCUCCGAGACAUUCAAAUACCUCUACAUGAUCUUCUCCGAACCAGAAGAUUUGCCGCUCGAUCCCGAUGAGUACGUGCUCACCACAGAGGCCCAUUUCCUGCCGCUGAGCAUGGCCAAGGUGUUCGAUGUUGAGAUCCCUCGAAAGAUCAUCUUUGAUGCCAGGGGAGAAGAGGAAGUCGAUGCGGCCAAAGCACUUCAUGCGAAUCCGUGGUCCCACCGCGAUCGCUUGGCGCCGAACAAGCCCCGGGAAAUUCGGGAGCGAACGAAGAGCGUCCUAGAAGAGGUAGCAGUACUCCAAGCCCAACACGCUGCUCAGGGCAGCGGCCAGUGCAUGAAGCCGACGGAACGCCUAAAAGCCUGGGCGUUCGACGCGAAAGACGCCGACCACAUCCGCCAGCUUCGCCAGAUGGGCAUUGACGUCCAAGUUCAAGACGACGGCCGGAUACAUCUCAGCCAUCACGCAACGAAUGCCGCCAGCGUGGAAAUGGCGAGAUGGGGUCUCGAAUUCCUUCUAGAAGCCGAUCAGCUGGCGAAGAAGUUGGUCGAGCAAGCUGCAGCAGCAGGCCGUGAACAACCCCAACCCGAUAUCUACAUCCAGCUGCUCUCCUACCCCUAUUUGGGAAAACCGGUGAUGCUCGCCGCUCCGGCUCAAUUUGGAAGGCUUUUGGAGGACUAUUCGGUCGAAGCCGAAGUCGCCUUUUCCGUCCCAUUCUCCGGCUGCUCCUCCUUGCUCAACGGGCCCCAGGUCAAGGGAAAAGUGGUAGCGGUUCAGCGUGGCGACUGCAUGUUCCAGGACAAAGCCCGAAAUGUACAGGAAGCUGGCGCCGUUGGCGUUAUUGUCAUUGAUAACAAACCUGGGACUUCUGCCGAAACGAGUCAGCCAUUUGCCAUGUCUGGGGAUAUCGAAAAGGAGGAUGAUAUUAAAAUACCAGCUGUUUUCCUGUUCCGACGGGAGGGCAAUAUGCUAAUGAAUCGGCGCGGAAAGACUGCAACUUUUGUUCGGAUCACGAUGAAGCCCUAUGACGAAGAUUCUGUCGUCGAGAGCUUCAUGCGCUGGGGCCCGGGCAUCGGAACUCGACUGUUUUUCCCGAAAUGCGGUCUCGACGAUGGGUACUUUAUUCGAAUCGAGCCUCCAGGAGAUGCUAUCACGUUCCAAUUUCGAUUUGGAGGCGUCACGCAGGAUAGCGAUCCGCUGGAUCAUCAAGGGAUAACUGAGCGUCACAUCGGGAAUCUCGCGGAUUUGAUGGCGUUUUCGAGUCCACAAAAUGAGCAAGACUUCCUCAAUUUUGUGCGCAACACCGCCUACACGGCCCUAGGACUGAGCGUGAAGGACGAGCCGUUGGCGCCGGUGUUGAAGUUGUUAAAGGACGUCAAACUCGAACGAGAACACCCGGAUCUCUACCGGCUGUUGCCCGGUGAAUUGACGCGGGUUCGAUGCCAGCCCACUGGCGAAGUGAUGGCCUGCGCCGUUGUAUUG